UCCUUCUACGUACUCGCUUUUUCAAAGGUAUCCAAAGCCGUAAAGCGAUAGGCUACAGUUCUUAUCUAUCCGGCAUGAAAUGUAAGGCAUAAAUAACGGCAUCUCGAGUUUUUCCCGUUUUAUCACCCACGCGUAGUUCAUCAGUUAGCUCAAUGUGCAAAUAGAUUACCUGAUGUUUCAUCACGUCGUUAAACAACAACUUUAUUCCCGAGAAGCUUGGCGGUUCGCUCAUAGAUUGAAUGCACACUGAGUGAAAAAAAUAAUAAAUGUUAUAGAGAAAUUCCAGCAAAAAUUACCAUCCCAAACAAUAAAUCGGAUGCGAGCUGGAUAAAAAGGAAAAAAUUGUUAUUUUUAAAAAUUAAAAAAUGAGUAAGAUGUAUCCGGACCCAAAUGCACCGCCGGCUGGCUUUGCACCGCCACCACCUUACAGUUCAGUGCCAUUGCAACAUGCUUACGAUGGAAUACCACAUCAGCCACCACCGGCACAAUCCACGGUCAUUAUCGUGCAAAAUACGUCUUUUGGAUCGGAACCCCAAAGGAUGAAUUGUCCACAUUGUCAUGCGGAUAUUGUCACGAGGACGGAGUCGGCUCCCACAGCCACGACCCAUCUCGUGUUUUUAAUAUGUUGCCUUUUCAUAUGCUGGCCGUGCGCGCCUUUCGUUUAUUGCACGGAUUGUUGCUUGGCAAAGAAGCAUUACUGCCCAAGAUGCAACCAUUACUUGGGCCAAGGACAAUGAAAGCUUAUCGAUUCUUCGUUCGAGAAGGAGACCACGAUUGUCCAUCGUGUCGGGAUCGUCGAUCGCGAUGCGAGCAAACACCGCAUUUUUUCAUAGACGUUUUGUAUUAAUGUUGUGUACAGAGCAAAAAGUAUUGAAUUAUUUUAGCGUGUAAGGAGUUUGAGAAGCUGUCAUGCUUAUGCAAAAAUGUGUAUGUCAACGACUGCUUAUGGGCUCAAAAGUGACUACAAUGAAGUAUUCUUUUAACAAAUAGUUAUGGUUACAACAGGUUUUUUGUUUAAAACUUUAAAAGUUAUCGAGAAGUCUUUUUCACGAAUGUUUUUAGUGGGUAUACACUUGUACAUUGUACGACUUUGAUACUUUAAAAAGCUUUAAAUUUAUAUUUGUGAUUCUACGUAAUUUCAAUGAAAAAUAAACGGUAUCAUUACAA